AUGGAUUUACCAGAUGAGGAUACAAUUCGUAUUUUAAUUACCACAGAUAAUCAUGUAGGUUACAACGAAAAUGACCCCAUAACAUGUGAUGAUUCUUGGAAAACUUUUCAUGAAAUAAUGAUGAUUGCUAAGGAUUACCAAGUAGAUAUGAUAUUACAGAGUGGAGAUUUGUUUCAUAUAAAUAAACCUUCUAAGAAAUCUUUGUAUCAAGUGAUGAGAUCCAUUAGAUUAGCUUGUAUGGGUGAUAAGCCCUGUGAAUUAGAAUUGUUAAGUGAUUCUUCAAAAGUAUUGGGUUAUAGUGAUUUCACUAAUGUUAAUUACGAGGAUCCAAAUUUUAAUAUAUCUAUCCCAAUGUUUGCGAUUUCAGGAAAUCAUGACGAUGCCACUGGUGAUUCCUUACUUUGUCCUAUGGAUAUUUUACAUGUUAGUGGGUUGGUGAAUCAUUUUGGGAAGGUUCUUGAGACUGAUAAGAUUUGUUUAUCACCACUGUUAUUUCAAAAGGGGAAAACUAAAUUGGCUUUGUAUGGAUUACAAUCAAUUCGGGAGGAGAGGUUGUUUAGGACUUUUAAAGAAGGGGGAGUUACUUUUGAGGUUCCCACUAUACGUGAUGGUGAAUGGUUUAAUCUAAUGUGUGUUCAUCAAAAUCACAUAGGACAUACCAAUACAGCUUUUUUACCCGAACAGUUUUUACCAGAUUUUUUGGAUCUUGUAAUUUGGGGACAUGAACAUGAGUGUAUUCCAAAUCUAGUCUACAAUCCUAUAAAAGAAUUCAAUGUUUUACAACCAGGAUCGUCAGUGGCUACAUCCUUAUGCGAUGCUGAGGCUAAAUCUAAAUAUGUUUUCAUUUUGGAGAUUAAUUACAAGCAGAAUAAAAGUCAACCAAGGUUGAUUCCGAUCCCAUUGACGACAAUAAGAACAUUUAAGAUGAGAAAUAUAUCUUUAAAUGAAAUUCCUUUUUUAAAGCCGCACGACAAAGAAUCUGUUACUAAAUAUUUAAUUGGACAGGUUGAUGAAAUGAUUGAUGAAGCAAAUAAGGAGACUAAAGAAAAAUUGAGGCAAAAUGGUAUUGAAAUUGAUCAAAUGAAUCAAGAUGAUGAUUUAAAUGAAUUAUCAAUCACUAUUCCACUUCCUUUAAUAAGAUUGAGAGUAAACUAUGCUGGACCAACGUCUUCAAAUAAAAGUAACAGUGGUUCUGGCACGAUUACAAAUAGUAGAAUAAUUGUUAAUGAUAUGCUGGAUUAUCAAGUGGAAAAUCCUAGAAGAUUUAGUAAUAGAUUUGUUGGUCGUGUUGCCAAUAGUAAUAAUAUUGUUCAAUAUUAUAAAAGGAAGAAGCCAACAGUUGCAAGAGAUAAAGAUAAAAAUGCAGGUCCUAGUAAUGAUCAAGUAGGUAAUUUAUCAGUAAAUAAUAAUGAGAAUAGUAAUAAUAAUGGUGAAUUACAAAUCGAACUGUUGGUUAAUGAUCUUCUAAACAAAAUGCAAUUAUCUCUGUUACCGGAGGUUGGAUUUAAUGAUGCCAUUAAGAAAUUUGUAGAUAAAGAUGAAAAGACAGCAUUAAAGGAAUUUAUCGAUAAGGAGUUGGAUAAUGAAGUAGAUUUAUUGGUUUCUAGUGGACAAUUUUUGGAUAAAGAAAAUCCUGAGGAUAUAAAGGUAUUAAUUAAGGAAGUUAAAAGGGCAAACACAUCAAGAAAAAAGUCAGUUUUGUCGUCACAUAUUGCUUCAGAAGAAGAUUCUGUCAAUGUAAAUAGGGUGUUACCUGACGAUCCCUCUUUUACUAGAAAAUCUUUGGACAAAAUUGAUAUAGUUUCCCGGAGAUCCUUUAAACCAACAGAGUUAGUAUCUUCAGUAGACAAAACAUUGAAAAUGCAAAGCAAUAGUAUAUUUCGAAAAAGUUCCCCAGAUUCAAUUGUUAUAUCAGAUAGUGAUGAAAAUAUACAAAGUUCUGAUAAUGAUCAUAUAAUUAUGAGUGGUGAUAGUGAUGAUAAUAGGGGUGAGGAUUAUUCAAAGCAAAAAUCAAGUAUUUCAAAUCAGUCCUUUACACGGAGGAAGAAUAAACUAACAGGUAAAUUACAAGCAUCAAAUUCUUCUAAAAGAAAAGUAGCUAAGACACCCCGAACAGAUAUAUUAGAAAGUUUCUUGGCAAAGAAAAGGAGGUAA